AUGGUUCUGGGGAUGGAGUUAAGUUUGCAGGAAAGUUUACUCUUAAAAUCCUUGGGUUUGAGCGCCAAGCCCAGCCCAAAAACCCCCGUUCCUGUGCCGUCUGUGCUCUGGCGGAUCUUCCAGAAGAGAAAGACGCUGCCUUCUACAAACAAGGACCUGGUGGAUGCCUGUAGGGUGGAGGAAUUUAAUGUCCCUGGGAACAUCAUCCGUGUCUUCGCUGACCAAGGCCACUUCAUUCAUAACGGGCAGCCCCAGAGGUUGCUGUGUCUGCAGAAGCGUCUGUACUUUAACCUCUCCGUGCUGGAGGAGGGCGAGCGCUUGACCAUGGCUCGGCUCGAGAUCAAAUUCAGUCACAACUCCUACCACACCUCCAGCCAGGGGCAGGUUUUUGAGCUGAGGCUCUACCAAACCUCCCAGAUGUCUCUACGGGGGAUGGCCUCCCACGAGAACGGCCGAAAGCUGCUGGUGGAGCAGUCCUUCGCCCAGCUGCACAAGUCUCUCCUCUUCAACCUGAGCGGGGUGGCGAAGGACUGGAGAACGCGCAGCAGGAAUCUGGGCUUGAUCCUGGAGAUCGCGGUGAGCGGCGGCGAUGGUGCAUCAGCCCCGGCGAGUGGGGGGCCGCAGAACCUCUGCACCAGCAUCGACUCCUUCCUGGACACCUCUCUCCUGGUGGUGACCCUCAGCCAGCAGCAGUGCAAGGCUUCCAGGAGGAGGAGAAGCGCUCACUACACCCCCGUCACUCCGAGCAACCUCUGCAAGCCCCGGCGGCUUUACAUCAGCUUCAGCGACGUUGGUUGGGAGAACUGGAUCAUUGCCCCGCAGGGCUACAUGGCUAAUUACUGCCUGGGCGAAUGUCCCUUUCCCCUGACGGCGGAGCUGAACAGCACCAACCACGCCAUCCUCCAAACCAUGGUGCACUCGCUGGACCCGGAGGGGACCCCCCAGCCCUGCUGCGUCCCCGUCAGGCUGUCCCCGAUCUCCAUCCUCUACUACGAUAACAACGACAACGUGGUGCUGAGGCACUAUGAGGACAUGGUGGUGGACGAGUGCGGCUGCAGAUAG